ACUUGAUAAAUGCAUUGUGUGUACCGUGUGUGCGACGGCUGAAAUAAAAACGAUGAAUUGCGCUUUUUACAGUAACUUAUUGUAAAAAAAGGGUAGUUUUGUCAGUCAUUCAAUAUGGAUAAAAUUCUGCUUGGUAUUGCUGCCUCAACCCACUCAGAGGCAGUCAAGAGAGCUAUCAUUGAUAGAAUCAUCAACUCUGCUAGCAAAGCCCCUCCUGAAGACCUUGUCAUAGCCAUCCUGGACAUCUCAUCCCGAUGGGUGACGGAGAGUGACUCAGACUUCAUGCAGCAGAUGGGAAGACAGCUGUUUCAUGCCUGGGCCAAACACAACCAGACAAUCUUUGAGGAGUUCUUCAACCACCAGUUCUUGGUGGGCAUUCUUAGGAUGGACAUCCCACAUCCAGACAGAACCGUCUGCUUUGUCCAUGAGUGCCUGAAGAUGCUGCAGAACCGGGCCACAGCAGCCAAAAUCAUCCAGAUGCAAGCAGUGGCGCUUAUCAGAAAGCACAGGGACCUGCUGACAUUAGUGGAAGUCAGCCAUCUCCUCUUGGCCUUCCCAGACUGUCUCCCUAAAGGGACUGCCGCUGCCUCAUUGUGCAUUGCGGCUGUGGAGAAUGUCAGCGCACUCCAAGUUGCACCAUCGGAAGCUGCCAUGAAGGCUAACCUGGAAGGCAUGAUACACAUCAGUGCUAUGCUACACCACAUCUGGCAUGACAACAUGGUGACUGUCCUGCCAUCACUGGCAGCGGUCUUUAAUCUCAUCUCAGCGCUGCCCUCUAGUGACCGGCCAAACCCUUCAGUCGCCCUCGGCGCCCUGGUACAACAUGUCCCUGUCGAACUCAUUGCUACAGUCACCAAGAAUGCAGCCUCAGAUGUGUCCAUUGUGGAUGAGCGCAUGACCACUGCUCUCAGCAGAAUGAUCGAUUGGCUGUCCUGGCCUCGUAUCCUGAACAUUGACCGAUGGAUUGUGUCUUUCCUGAAAAAUCUGGCAUUAGCACAGAAGUUCACCAUGUUGAUCAAUGUUACACUUGCUUCAAUUGAAAAGGUGUUUGUGAAGCUGUGUUUCCCUAUUGUCAGGGACAGCGCUUUACCUGUUCUCACCCACAUGCAGUUGAGUUUUCAACACUCGCCAGAAGCCUUUCACAAGAUUGUAGCUCAUGUACCUGAACUGAUGAAGAGACUGAAGUCAGAGAACACUCCCUCCAGUCAAGACUGCUCCCAGAAGGUAGCUGAGCUUGUCUACUGUCUGAUGUAUCACCACGCUGGCUACCCGGACCUGUAUGAGCCUGUCUUGGAUGCCCUCAAGGACAUUCCUCGUCCCAGUGAGGAGGCCAUGAGGGAGACCCUCAAGCUAAGUGCUUGGACGUCUGGAGCCCCGGUCAACUCAGCUUUCUCAACCAGGUUCCUGCUGCGGUCAGAGACAGGCAAGACAGGACUGGUCAAUCUGGGGAAUACCUGCUACAUGAACAGUGUGCUUCAAGCAUUGCUCAUGACUAGUGGGUUUUAUGAGGAUAUCAUGGCAUGUCCUGUCUACAAUGACCAGUGUGUAGUUGCUCGGCUUCAGACGGUAUUUGCUUUCCUCACACACACACAGAGAGCUGCCUACUCACCCAGGGAGUUCCUGAUUGCCUCCCGACCCCCAUGGUUCUCACCAGGCACCCAGCAGGACUGUUCCGAAUUUCUCAAGUAUCUCUUGGACAGGCUGGAUGAAGAGGAAAAAUCCAUUCGAAAAUUCGAGGCCCAGUUGCAGCGGACUAGGGAAUGGGUGGAACACAUGAAGAGGAAGAAUGCCAAGAAGUUGGGGAGGGAAACUGGCAGGAUUGCCUCAGAGGAGGAAGGUGAUGAAGGUGGACCACAGAUUGGAGACCAGAAGGGGAUAGACAUAUGCAGUAGAUUAGAUGUAGACUCAUCAAUUAAGAUGGAUACGUCAUCAAAUGAGAUUGCAAAUAAGGAAGAAGUAAGGCCAAUUGAACAGAAGGAGAAAAAUGAGCAAAAUAGGAAAAUCGCGUCAGGAGAGCAGACGCAGAAUGAAAGAUGCAAUGAGGUCACUAUGGAGACAUCUGUCAGUUCUCCCACAAGGAACACAUUGACUGUUUCAUUGUCUGAGGUCACUCGCUCUGAGCAGGGACAUCCAAUAUGCUUUCCGACGGCACAGGAUAACUCUGCUGUAACUGAAUUGAUGACAGUCAGUGGGUUUAAUAUGCAGUGUGACCAGGCUUCAAGUAAUGUCAAGAUAAAGUUACCUGUCACAGAAACCAAGAAAACAAUGCCUGAAUCACCCAUUGGUCCAUCAAUAGUGGAGCAGUAUUUCUCUGGCAAGUCUGUGACUCGCAUCCGCUGCUUGACAUGUAACAGCAUAUCAAGCAGGACUGAAGCGUUCUUUGAUCUUCCCCUUGCCUUCCCUGGAUCUGAUACUACCAGUAGCAUGCGGGGAGGAGAGAGUUGCACCAGCAAAGAUGAAGCUGGUAAGUCCUUGGGGUUGGCAGCUGACAGGCUAGCCCAGGAGGAGAUAACAUCUGGCAGUAAGCAGUGGGAAUUGAACGGUGGGGCUGCCGCAUCCACCUCAGCUAUCAAGGACUUUGUGACUAGUCCAGGACAGAGUGGCGAAGGUAGGGACUCUUCUGAUGCCUCUCCCAGCAGUCUUGAAGAGCUCCUAGUUCACUAUUUAACCCCUGAGCUUCUGACAGGUGACAACCAGUAUCACUGUGGGAAAUGCCAAUGCCUUCGAGAUGCUGAGAAGCGCAUAGAGAUAUCAAAGGCUCCCAAAGUUCUAAUGCUAACACUCAUGCGCUUCUCCUACGAUGUUAAAACUCAAAGUCGAUGCAAAAUCUUAGCUGAUGUUUGGUUCCCUAAGAUCCUAGACCUGGCUUUGCAUCAUCCAGAAAGAGAGGCCGGAGGUGACACUGAAGAAGAUAAACCAGAUGAGCAGGACUUGUGCCAAGAUCCCCCUCGCUCAAAACGACUGAGACAAAACAGUGAGAACGUAGCUGCCUCUGAAAGCAACAGAGAAUUGAAAUACCGGUAUGUACUGUAUGGUGUCAUUGUUCACUCUGGUCUGUCAUCUGAGAGUGGACAUUACUACUGCUACGCAAGGCACUCAAACUUUCCACAUGAUGUGCACAAAAAGUCCGAGUCGAAGCUUAAAAAAGAACAUGAAUCUGGCGAUGCCAAAGAGCAGGAUGGAGCUCAAGACCUUUUGCCUGAUCAGUGGUUUCUUUUCAACGACAGUCGGGUUUCAAACUCAUCAUACGACUCAUUUGGUAAUGUCACCAAACGCUUCCCCAAGGACACUGCUUAUGUUCUGUUCUACAGGCAAGUGCCUUGGGAGAGUGAAGAAUGGUCUGGGUGCCAGACAGCAAAUGAAAAGCCCCGACAUGACCUACAUGUACGUGAGAUGGCUUUGAAGAAGAAUCUCCAAGAAGCUGUCACUAAGGAUAAUGCUAUUUACCUGAAGGAGCGGGAGUUGGAGGCGAGGAUGAUGGCUCUACGAACUUCUCAGGGCUUGGAGAGUUUCUCCUCAAACCAGAGGGAUUUUGAUGAUAGGAACGACCCACCAAGUGGCUGCGGGGGUGGAGGUGGGGGAAUGGAACCACCUAGACUGGUUUUCUGAUUACGACUGUUGCUUGUGGUGGUUAAAAAUAUACACAGAUCUGCUCUCUGUGGAAAAAGUAACGAAACAGUUACCUGAAUAUAUGCAGAUGUCUAGGUCAUCAUUAGCGUAAGUGGGAUAUAAAACAUGUUUCUUUUGUGUCCAGUCCACCUGCUCCAAUCUUUAGUCAAAUAUUUGGUUGCUUCAGAACACUCAAUUUUCUGUUAACAUGCAGGCUUUAACACGUUGACUGCCGACUACGAGUAUAAUCACAAAUGUGCGGGAUUCUGCCACUAAGAGUAUGCUCGUUAGAAAUGAAAAUCUGUUGUAAUGUAAACUUAAUACACUGGCAUCACUGAAAAACACGAAUACACUGCUGGCAGUGUUAAGGACAUAUGUCUGCAUAAUGCUCAUGUUCAAAUGGAAAUGUGAAAGGUACCGCAUAUUAAAUAUGCGUGGGCAUGCGUACAACGCUUGGCAAAUGGGAACGCCACUUUGAAUUUUAUGCAAAGCAGUCAACGUGUUCAUGGAACUUUGUUAUUCUUUACAGCAAAAUGUGACCCGGUACAUCAUAAUCAGGAAUAAGUCGUUGAGGCCAUACUACGUAUUGGCUGAGUAAAGUGGGGAUAUGGGUAAAUGUUGAAAACAAAUCGAUGUGGCAGUUUCUGCAUAUUUCGCAAGUGUAUGUAUGAAAGGUUACCAUCAACACACUUGUAAUGUGUACCAUUUUAAAGCUUAUGAAAUUCUCCUUCUGACCAUGUAC